UUCGUAGCUCGCUUCAGUCAGUACGACGCGCGUCGUCCUUGCAAGCGUAUGGUGUUUAUUUACGUAUCACGUUGAAACGUCCUUCCUUUUUCAAUAAUCUACGGAGUGUGAGAAAUAAAACGAGAUAAAGAACAUAUAGUUGUGUUAUGUUCUCUUACGCGAUCAUCGGUUUUUAAUGACUUUUUACGAUCGGUUUUUAAAGCAUAAUUGAAUUCCAAAAAAUAAAAACGUAUAAAUAAUAAUAAACAAAUGAGUGAAUAAUCGAAAAAAGUAGAAGAACAGAUCGUGAAUCUCUUAAAGUUAGCAGGACAGUUGUUUGGUGUUUGUGUUGUUAGAUAUGUACGCGGGAAAAUUCUGAUUCGCGUACUUUCGCGAGAAGAGACGAAGAAGAAGGAAGAAGAGGAGGUGAGAAGGAGGAAAGAGAGGGAGAGAGAAGGAGAGAAAAGGUCAUGGAGGACAUCGGAUCGCAGGAUAAUAAUGCCUCCUCCUGUUUUGGUACAGGAAGCGUGGCUGGUGCCGUGAUUGGGACAUUUUUAACGACCAUCAUUUUAUCUGCCGUUGCAGUGGUACUUUACAAACAAUGGCGCAGACACAAGGGUAAACAUUUGGUGUUGGUGACGGAUCCAGAAAUAGUCGAGGAUGCGUAUGCAUUCGACAAUCCUUGUUUCAAAGAUGCAACACCAGCAGUUGGAAGGAUUUCAACUGAUAGGCCGAUAACAAUAAUCCCAGAUACUCCUGCUAAGGAUUCUACGCGUUGGUCGACCCCAUGGACGUCGUUGGGGAUUGGUUCGACCAAUCGGAACGAUAAGAGGAGAACGUUGGAUGACUCGUGCCUCGGUCCCAAAGCUACCAGGGUCUGCGUAGUCAGUCUCAGAAGUCGAGAUUUCACUGGACUUGGAUUCAACGUUUGCGGAAACAUGAGAGAAGGCAUCUUCGUGAAAGAUCUUCUUCAUCGUGGACCAGCUUCGGAAUCUGGCCGAAUACAUCCUGGUGAUCGGAUUGCAAGCGUGAAAAUUAGCUUCCGGAACAUGGUGUACGAAGAUGCUCUGACGAUUUUGAGUUAUGCUUCGCCGUACGACGUUGAAUUGGAAGUAGAGAGCGGUGGUACCGGAUCAAAACCAGCAACCUUGUUGAAGAAAACCGUAGGACCGAGUCCAACGAGAAUAUGUCAUCCACUUUACAGAAGUCAAUCGAUUCCUGAAUUGUCUCAGGCUCAUAAAAGUUCGGCUAAGAGAUUGUUCAUAGCCGAUCCGAACGAGUCAGUUGGUUCGAAUUAUUCGACGAUGAAUUCGACCUUAAAAUCUUCCAAAUCUACGCCAGGUAGCCAUACUUUGGAGAGGCGUCACGACGAGGCAAAAAACAAUCAUCACAAAUUUGGUAUCAAAGUAUUACCUGCACUGGAUGGUACCGUUCAUCGUAUCGAAAAUCAGAACGAACAUAACACGAACUUGGAACGAAGGCAUUCGAAAAAGAUGGACGUUGAGAAACACAUGUCCAGCAGUUCGGCUGUCAACUUAACCGAGAGUGCUACAUCGGAAAAUCAAAAUAAAGUUCGUAACGCGGAACCACAGAGAUCCGACAAUCUUCCGAAUCUUUUGAAAUCGACCAAGCGAAGUUUGGAAAUGAAUGGUAUCGACGUUCUUGACAAUUCAGAUAAAUCUACGAACGAAUCGAUAACUAUACCUUCGGAGGUACCGGCCGAAGUUCACAACGCAGCGAUGGCUGCUCGUAGGAAUAGGAAAAACAGUGCGGAGUUGUUGAAUUCGCCGAAAAUUACUGGAGUGUCGCAGGAUUCUAACGACGUGGACGAUCCUAAGAGUCCACCUAAAAAUAAAAGAAAAGCACCGGCACCGCCUAAAACAUCAACUACAACAACGAAUAGUAGCAACAACGAGCCGGAUUUUGUAACACCGGUGAAGAAAAUCCUAACACCUACUAGAUCGCCGCACGAUCUCGAAAAGGAGGACGCGAUCGACAGCAUUGCGGAUUAUACCGAAUCUCUGAACGAUUACGUGAACAAGGUGAGAGACACGACGGAUGAAACUGAAAUACGUAGACCGAGACUCGAAAGUCAUAUCGUUCAUAGAAGAAAUUCGGAAUCGGAUACGGACAGCGAGGUUCAGAAUAGUUUUACAACUAUCGAGUUGAAUUCGGCUGAUAUUACGAUUCAUCGUACCCCGGUACCCGAGGUGAACGACGACGAGGAGGAUGACGUUUAUAGGAAGGCCGCGAGUCUAGGGGAUUUGUCGAAAUACGAAAGCAAAACGUCGACUCCGUUGGAAAGGGCCCAGAGUCUCGAUAUGACGGACACUGGUUCGAAAAAAAGGAAGGCUCCAUUACCGCCCGAAGACAUAAACGAGUCGACCGAAGAUCUUACGAAGCUCGAUCAAAUGGAUGCGUUUGAUAAAUGCAAAUUGAAGAAAUCUAACGAGUGGGGUACUUUGGAAGACGUCCUUUGGACCAAGGAAGAUGAGGACGAGAGAUCGAAAAAGCCAAGGAUGCGUAAAAAGAGUAACAGCACUUUGGAAAGAUCCAAAUCAGCUGUAGAAAUCAAAUUGAAAGACGAAGUACUCUCGCCGGUAGUUAAUGACAGAUUGGAUAACAUUGAGGCUGAUGAUAAUGAAACGAGUAUCGAAUUGUAUAAUUUACCUCUGAGCAAACGUCUAACCCAAGAAUUUAUACACGCGGAAAGGAUGUUUAAUCCCGACGAGGAUAAUUCCUUAGCUAGAAUCGUGAACGACGGUACGGUUGUUAAGAGUCCAACGAUGGAAGAGAUGGAAUUAGAUUUCAGGCAAGCCAAACCAUUGCCGAGCGAAGAUGACGAAGACGAUACGAUUGCCAUCGCCGAGGAUAAUGAUUACGGUAGUCCCGUUAACGAGGAUUUCAGCAGAGCCUUGCGUUAUUUCGAGAUGCAUGCCAGCAAAUCACCGACCAAUUCUAACGAGUCUACGAAAGUUAAUUUAACGCGUUUGGACGAAUGGAGGGAAGAGAGUUUACGUUUGUCCAACGACGCGACACUUUACCUUGGCAAAAAGGUAGUCGUCGAGGAACCAAUGACUAAGAUUUUACUCGAUAAGAAGUGCCGCGGUUGCGAGGAAAAAUAUGGACAACACGAGCACAAUUGUAAGAGACGUUCUCUUGAAUCUGUUCAAGAUAAUAAGAGGUAUCACAAUAACGAUUCUCAAGAACAUAGCAGACAAUCAACUCCAGAAAACAAGAAUUUUGAAUCUGUUUAUUCUAGCACCGUAAAAGAUAUAAAUGUUGGACGAUCUUCCACUCCAACCCAUUCCAAAGUAAACUCUUCCAAAUUGGAUACAGAAAUCUCGAAAAGUCAAGAACUCAAAUCCAACAACGAGUUCAAUGUCGAGCAUAGAGAAAAUUCUGUCUCGAGUUUUCAUGCAAAUAGGUCGAAAUUCGAAGAGAAAUCUGAUCAACGUGGAAGAUAUUCCCCGGUAAAAUCCAAAUCUCCUACGGAAUCGUUGCUAGAGUCGCACUUUACCAAACGUAGCGUAGGCGUAUCUAAUAACACGGAACAAGAGCGAGAAGAUAAUCGUAACGAAGAUGAUGAGGAAGAAGUAGAAGAGGAAAUAGAAGAGGAAGACGAGUAUGAGUUUGGAUCUAAUGUAACUGUCAACAGCAAGAACUUCUCUCCGAAUAAUGAUAGACAUAAUAUAAGCAACGUAAGUGUGUCCAGUGGAGAAAACAGCGAAGACAGUGGACUCGUUAGGGAAUCCAUUGAUUAUAAUUCGCAGGAAUCCGAAAGUCGUCCACCAUUACCGAGUACACCGAUGCCAAAUAAUUCGCAGAAGAUGACGUAUAUAACAGAAAUCAAGGUCUCAGCUAACAGAGACAAUAUUCGCGACCAUGAUAACGAAACCGAAGAUGUACAAGCUGUUACGAGUAAUAACGGUGAGGCUAAAAAAUUAACUCAUCACGAAAUCAUGGUAACGUCCAAUGGUAAACCAAAUUCGGGAAAGAAACCACCAGUUCCUCCUAGAAGAUCGGAUAUUACGAAAAUGGUUAAGGAUGAUAAGACGGAAAAGAACGUAGUUUAUGUAUCAGAAUACAAAUCAAUGACCGGCAAGGAUGCACAAAUUUCUGAUACCAAUCUUCCUGACGAGAAACAAUCUGAAGGUAAUAAAAAAUUUGAACAUUGGAUUUUCCUUGGUGAUAAUAAGGAUCAAAAUCGAUGGGGUAAUGGUAGUAGCCAACCGCAAUCUGUUACGAAUAUUAUGUUAUCUUCUGGAGAUGAUAAGAUGCUAAAUCAGUGAGGGGAAAGUGAAAGAGAGAGAGAAAGAGAAAAGGAAGGAGAUAACUUUAAAACAUUUCUUUUAAAUGUUUUAAGUCAUACAAUAAUAAUCCAGAAUUGGAUUGUCAUGUAAAAAUAUGUAAGUAAGGAUAACAACAAAUUGGGCAAUACUAUUAAUUAAUUUUCCUCGAUUAAAAAAAUAAUAAUGAUCAUUGAAAUAUUAUCUAAUGGUGCCUGUACUAAAACGUUUAUCUGACAAAAGAAGUAUACUCAGGAAUGCGUAUAUCUGAAAAUAAUACUUUAAAUGAGAACCGAGAAUGAAAUGUGGUGUCAGAAUAUCGAUAAAUAAUAUUUCAACGCGGAUCAAGAGUAUAUUUUUCUAUUUAAAUAAUAUUAAGUCCACGAGAUAUGGACAAACGUCGUUUAAGAUUCUGCAUUUUACAUGACGUUUAUUGUCACCAAUUUCUGUACGAAUGCUCACAUUAAAUGUUUUCAAAUAAUCAUCGCAAGGGUGUGUGAUCGAUAAAAAUUAUUUGAACGUAACAUUUAAAAGUGAAAUUCUUUAGAAUCGAAAUGCAACAAAAAUUGCUCGUAGAAAUAGUGUCGUUUGUUUGUAAAAAAGAAAAAAAAAACCAAAAAAAUAAGAGAGAAAAAAAGUUAAACACACGCACAGUUUUAACAUUUUAUUUCUGAUAGUACUCGUAGUAUUAACCCUUUCGUUCCAGCAUAAUUUGGCUUGCAUAUGGGUCGGUCCGUCAGUCAAUCAUUCAUCCGAGACCUUUGUCACAGCGACAAAAUAUGUGGGUCGCUAGUAACGAAAGGGUUAAAUAAUUUUAGUCUUUUCUUUUUUUUUUUAAUUUUUGUCUCUUAACAUAUUAGUCAUAACUUUUAUUUAUUGACCAAUUCAUAAUAGAUACGAUGAAAGGACUUUGAACUUUGAAAAAAUAUAUUUUACAAAAUAUUCGGCACGCAAAAGAAAAUCAAUGGAAAUAAAUAAUUAACGUCAUGUGCCAUAAGUGAUCAUCUAUGUGGCAAUGAAUAAGGAAGAGAUUAGAAUUUGAAAGAUUAUUAACAAAAAUAAAUAGAAAAAUGGUGCGCGGGUGAAAAGGAAAAAAAUUGCACAAAUUGUUGA